AACUAAGCAAACUAAAACAGCAGCAAUGGUAGCUAAGGUAAUCGUCUUCUGUGCCAUCUUGGCAUUCGCCAGUGCUGGCAAUUUAGCGACCGAGACCUAUUCUGCCCCUGCCGCCGCGCCUAUUGCUUUUUCAGCUGGUCCAGCGGUUUCCUAUUCCGCUCCUGCUGUCUCAUACUCUGCCCCAGCUAUCAGCUAUGCCGCUGCUGCCCCAAACUUCGCCUACAGUGCCGGAGCUCCAGCUUUAGGCUACGCUGCUCCAGCUAUCGGUUACGCUGCUCCUGGUCUCAGCUUUGCCGGUCCAGCAGUCAGCUACGCCGCUCCAGCUGUUAGCUACGGUGCUCCAGCUUUCGCCGCCGCCCCGGCUGUAAACUACGCCGCCCCGGCUGUAAGCUACGCCGCGCCAGCCUUUGCUGCAGGACCGGCUAUAGCGGCCGCUCCGGCUUUUGCAGCCGCUCCGGCUGUUCAAAUUGCAGCUGCGCCCGCUCCGGCUGUACGUUUUGCUGCUCCAGCUGUCCGCUUCGCUCCUGCCGCGCCGGCUGUUAGGGUAGCCCCACCCUCAACCCGUUAUGGAGCACCUUUCAUCCCCGGACCUCCAAUCACAUUGAACAAUAGAUGGUAAAAACGGCAAUUUUUGUUUUGUAUUACUGCGUACAAUUUUGUAAAUUAAUUGU